UCCAACAAAACCUAAGACACAUGCAUAAUCAGCUCACGUAAUGCCGAACUAAACGGAAUACUGACGAACAAGGAAUCCCCGAACCAUCAGUUCGGAGUUCGAAAUUAGCUUGUUCUUUGAAAGUCGAACGAGGGAAACCAUACGAGUUCGAUGUGACAAUAGCCACGAACGUGUCCAAACACCUGUCAAUUUUGGAAGAGGGCAAUUGUCGAAGACAUUCUAACCAUCACCCGACGUGACCGAGAAAUUGUCCUCGUUUUUCGUUUUGCCUCGAAUUCGAACAAGCUGAUUCGCAUCAUCCAUCUGCGGUGAGCAGUGGAAAGUGGCAGAGGGAAUAUUUUUGAAACGGUUGACUGGAAUGUGGCGAGGGAUCAGGAAAUGUCUUCCCUCAUCCAAGUCAUCUUCUUCCCUCAGCCGCCUCGGCAGGGAGUACGAGCAAAUCGACAACAACGAAAGCGGAUGAACUUCACGUAGCUACGAUCCAAACAGCGAGGAGUGUAGUUCUGCGUGGUUCUGUAGUUGUAUUGCCGGAGCGUUAGGAUAGAAACGCAGUAGCUACGAUUCAAACAGCGAGUAAUGUAGUUCUGCGUGGUUCUGUAGUUGUAUUGCCGGAGCUUUUGAGAUAUAAAAGCAGCAGUGUCGCAAACCUGAAGGUUUUAUUGUCGCAAUUUAUUGUGGUCUAGCGGUGAACGUUUGGAACACGAUGGUUAGAUCACUUUUGGUGUCUGAAUGGAGCAUGAGUCGACAGAGAAUUGGUGUGUUUCUCAGUAAAGGUCAUUCAGCGGAACUGAUGUAUAACCCGUGCCUGUAAUCUCAAAGGAGAGCAGAAAUGGCGAGCCAUGUUCUCCAUUUCUUGCAGUACAGAGCUCCAGCAAAGCCAAUUGCUGAGCUCGAGGGCGAAUGCAUUGCACCAUUUCUGCCGUCCCUGACACUUGCAGCUGCGGACUCACCUGCUCUGAUUCCUCAUCUGCUACCUUCUCUGUAUUCGCACAUGCAAGUUCCUAGAGCUCUUGCAUAUGCUGGAUUAGAUUACGUCGAAAUUGCGCAGUCAGUGUUGGAGGCGGAGGCUGCUACCGGUGGUGAGAACCCCGGGAGCUUUCCUCCCGAGGAAGAAGAGGAGGAGGAGGACGAUGGGAGUAAGAAGAUGGUGUGGAAAUGGGAUUCAAAUGAGGGCGAAGGUGACGAUCCGGAUGAAUGUCACGCCUUUGAGGUUGCUGAUGAGAAAGAAAGAGCGAAGAUUGCAGUUCUUUCCGUUCGUCAGAGAGCCCGAGAGUUUAGCACUAAAGGAGUUUCACAGCUGCAUGAGAAGGACGAAGAAAGUAUCUGGAGCAAUGACGCUUAUUUAUCAGAGCUUCUUUGUUUACUGCCGAUUGCUGUGUCACGUUGUCCAGCCCUUCUAACUCCAGAGCAGUUGGUGAAAGGGUUGCUGACAGCAAGCAACGGAUGUGCUUUAUUGGUGACUACUUUUGCCAAUAAUCCAGCAGAGGCUGAGAGAGGAGCUCUCGCUCUGGCAAAUAUUCUAACUCGACACAGGGAUGGGAAUGACACCCAGCCCGGGAGUCCUCAUGCAUCUGAAUCCACAUCGGGUGCGAAAGCAGGGGGAGGUCCAGGUGUCAUACCCCUUUCCCGCCAGCACAGCGGGGCUCUUUCGCAAGAACACCUUCAAUCGCUUAGUUCUUCAUAUUCUCGCAUGGUCAUCCGGACACUCUCUAGUUUUUGUCAUGUCAGUCCAUCUUUUGCAGGGAUUUGCAGGGAUGCACUCGUGAAGACAUGCACUUUAGCAGAUAUGGCUCUGCAGAUAACCAUGGAUAUUUUUCAAGACGAGCUUCAGUUUCUUUCGAAAUUGAUAUUUUCCAAGGAGAAAACCUCUGUGUGGAUUCUCUCUAUCUUCGGGUCUAGUCAAAAGCAUGGAGAAAGCCAUCAUGCUCCUCCUCCUCUAUAUGGCAAAGAAAAAGAUACUUUUUCUGAUCAUAGAAGCUCCUCUGCCUCCCAGUCAAGCGGUAAAGGAGUUGCUCAGAGAGUAAGAGACACUUUGUUAGCAGAUGCUCGGUUAACUUGGAAGAAGCAGGGUUGGAGUGGACGUCUCCAUGCUCAUCUGAGAUUGUAUUGUGUAUUAAUACGUGUUGGUGAUCUACAACCAGGUCACGAAGAGGUCGAAUUCUGGUUGGGGGUUCUGGGGGGAUCCAAGGAGUUCCCGAGUGAAAAUACAGUUACCAAUGGGGAUGAUGAUCAGACUAGUAAGCAUAAGUUCGUCUGUGAACGUACACUGGAGCUUGGUAUCUCGUUUGUUUGUUUAAUUCCCGGGUUAUCUGGACCCGUAACAAAGACAAUGCUUUAUAAGUGCGUUGAAAACUUGCUUCGAGCAGCCUUGGGCAAUGCUCCCUGUUCAGCGUCUACUCCGGAAGUUGAGCUUGCUGUGUGGGUAGCAGUGCAGCUUUUGCAACGGCGAUUUAUAGAUGUUGCCUCGUUCGUGAGAGAAGCUCUUGGUGUUCAAGUCACCGUACACAAUGCUAUCAUGAAGGAUCUCGCGGAUGCUGCUGUGGCUGCUGGAGUGGUAUCUGAUCCUUUCACUGCCGCCAGUGCUGCUGCAGCACUUCGACCGAAGGGUCCAGUUCCAUCCCCCAAGAGGCGUACCUUAUACGGUCUGAAAUGCCUCGAGCAGCUGCUACAUUCUACGACCUUUGCACGUUGUGCCGUAGACAUCUCUGACACAGUUAUGCACUACAUUUCCAUUGCUGAUGAACCCAUCCAUCCAGCUUUUCCUUCCAUCAUUCAAGGUUACACUGAGUUGUCAGUUUCUGUACCUAGAGCAAGGGUAGGUGUUCAUCGGUUUCGCAUGCGUCCUUUAUCUCGGGCCUCGUUAAUUGGAGCUUUGGCCCCGGGACUUGCAAUACUGAGAGAUCACAAGUUUAGCGCGAAGCUAUCGCAGUCAGGCAAAGUGUUUGGCAAAAGAAGUCGUGAAAAUGCGCACAGAGAAGGAUCUAUGAAGUUUGACGGAGUGGGAGCAGGAAAUUCUCUUGCAACAACUGCGCUCGUCACUUUCUACAUUCUUUGCCGAGAGUCUAUAGCAAGGAGCAUGGGAAUUGCUGGGGGCUCUAACUAUGAAGGGUCUUCUAUUGAGAUUGAAGCCAGUGAAGAUGGAGGGUGGUGGCUGGAUCUUCUUCAUGGGUUACCUCUUCGAGAGCUGCUAAUGUACAUGGAAACAAACUGGCCAGCUUAUGAGAAUUUAUUUCCACAGUGGCUCGGUGUGGCUUCAAUCGUUUUUCCAGAAAGAUUUACGGCCUAUACACUUCUCCUGGACUUGGAAAAAACGAACACAGCUUUUCAAACCUUCACCAAAGACGUUCCUGUUACAGAGGAUUUGCAGUGGGUGGGACCUCAUGAAACACCUUCUGUUACGCCCGAGAAGUCUCAAAGGGACGUGGUUGGAUCCGGGGUAGAGUCUCCAGGGCCAAUGGACAUAGAUUGCCAAAGGGCUGAAGCAGUCUCUAGUCUGCCGAGUCUUCCAGCUCAAAGCCCAGUAUCUUGUUCUGGUGACGGGACGGUUCCUGUAAAGACAGAUCGAAAGGGUUUCUCUCUGGAAGUUGUUGUGGCAACAAUGAAGGCUGCUAUGCAUAAUCCACUACCCGCCUUGAGGAUUUUGCGUACGUUUUCUCUGAGCGCUCAUCCUGGUGCCGGCGGUGAUUCGACUGAGGAACUGGAGAAGUUUGCUGGUAUAGGAGUGGAGUGGCCUCUUGAAGUUGCCAUGAUGAAAGAGUUGGUACCUCUCUUGCUCGAUCCCACUUGUCCACGAUGUCUGCAGGACCAGUUUGGCAUCUGGUGGCGUUCCCUGCCGUCGUCAGCUUUAGAGCGUUUGGUGCCCGUGCUUCUGGAUCUGCUCAACGUUCCAACUAUAAAUUCUCCGGUCGAUCAUCCCAAAUUUACACCCGGCAAACAACUUUCAGAGAAAACAAAAAAUAAGGUGAUGCGACUUUCAACAAGUGGACUUGCUGAAGAGCCACUUAAGCUCAUUGCUUGUGAUAUCAAGGUGUUCCGUUCCCCUCUGCUGGGAACAGUUCUUGAUCUCUUGCAAGAGAUCCUUGUUGCCAACCGACGGACAUGUCAGAUGGCUGCUUCAGAUGGUGGAAGGGACGGUGUUAAACGAGAGGAAGUUGCUGCAGCUCUGAUUGCACAAGACAGUGCCAUCUGCCAGAUUCUCCUGGAGGCCUGCUUGCCAAAUCCAGAUCUUGGGGAUGAAGAGAGGCCGGGCCCUUUGUUCGAAGCCCGAUGUCUGAUUCUGGCUACUAUCUGCUCGCUUAUUCACAGGAGUCCUCUGCUACUCAAGCUCCUGCAUUUCCAGGGUUAUGAUCAAAGGCUCAUACCAGUGAUGGUUGAGGGAGUUCCAGCAAUGGUUCAGUGUUUGGAGUUUAUUGGGGAACUAAUCCAACAGUCUCAGCAGCAGCGGCAGGUAUUUGCUGCCGUACUUACAGCUCACUUGACGAGCCUGCAUCCUAAUUUGCCACAAAGCCUUAGAGCUGCCCAGCAGGUUGUUGCCCACGUGGCACAAGUACGGAGCAAAGUUGCUGGUUGUGCCAGAUUCCUUCAAGAAGUCCUCAGUUCCGUAGCUCAAAUUGCAGUAACUUUUCCUUCUUUGGCACCACAAGUUGUACUUCUUUUGCAAAGUUGUGCUCAGGCCGGUGGUCCGCUGAGGCGAUUCGGUCCUCCAAGGGAUGCUGGCCUCCAUGAAGCUGCUGUUUCUGCCUUCAAACAUCUGAUUCAGAGCAGAUUGCUGCAUGGGCGUCCUCCACCUUCAGAGAACUCGAUCCCAUCUUCCUCAACCUAAAGUGCCGUGUGAAGUAGCGCCGGAGAGUGAAUUGUACAAAAAAUCAAGUUUUAGGCAAACUUAGGGAAAGUAUCACCCUGUCCUUUUUUCUGUAUUCUAAAAUGUUCACUGUCAGCUAUGUACUACCCAUCUGUUUAUCAAAUAGUGAACUGCUUAACUCAUACUGUAGUUAGAUGCUACCUACAUGUGCUGAAAGUGUUUCUGUCGAUCUAACGUCUUGUGUGGGUAGAAUGCAGAAUUAUCGUUCUGCCGACCAUCUCGACCUACUCUACACUCCCAUCUAGUUUUGCCAUGCCAUAUUGCAUAAAUACAAUAAAAAAGAAGGAAGCGGAGCAUGGUU